UUUUUGGGUUCCGGCUGAUUCCAUCUCUCCUUCUUGCCCGUGGACAUCUCCCUCCCUCAGGCCCACGUCUCGCCCACUUCUCCGCGCGCGGGGUAGCGCGGGCUUCAGCGACGGGAGCCCUCGAGGGACAUGGCAGCUGCGGCGGCGCCGGCCGGCGGCGCCCGAAACGGGGCUGGCCCGGAGUGGGGAGGAUUUGAAGAAAACAUCCAGGGUGGGGGCUCAGCUGUGAUUGACAUGGAGAACAUGGAUGAUACCUCAGGUUCCAGCUUUGAGGAUAUGGGUGAGCUGCAUCAGCGCCUGCGUGAGGAAGAAGUAGACGCUGAUGCAGCUGCUGCUGAAGAAGAGGAUGGGGAGUUCCUGGGCAUGAAGGGCUUUAAGGGACAGCUGAGCAGGCAGGUGGCUGAUCAGAUGUGGCAGGCGGGAAAGAGACAAGCCUCCAGGGCCUUCAGCUUGUACGCCAACAUUGACAUCUUAAGACCCUACUUUGAUGUGGAGCCUGCCCAGGUGCGAAGCAGUGGUGAAGACAGAUGGGAGCCUUGCCCUGGUGUGCAGUUACAAGACAGCACUCUUAUGCUAUGGUGGAGACACACAGGAAGAACUCCUGACCCAGGGCUCCUGGAGUCCAUGAUCCCUAUCAAGAUGGUCAACUUCCCACAGAAAAUUGCAGGUGAGCUGUAUGGACCUCUCAUGCUGGUCUUCACGCUGGUUGCCAUCCUCCUCCAUGGGAUGAAGACAUCUGACACCAUUAUCCGGGAGGGCACCCUGAUGGGCACAGCCAUUGGUACCUGCUUCGGCUACUGGCUGGGCGUGUCGUCCUUCAUUUACUUCCUCGCCUACCUGUGCAAUGCUCAGAUCACCAUGCUCCAGAUGCUGGCACUGCUGGGCUAUGGCCUCUUUGGGCACUGUAUUGUCCUAUUCAUCACCUACAACAUCCACCUUCAUGCCCUCUUCUACCUAUUCUGGCUGCUGGUGGGUGGGCUGUCCACCCUGCGCAUGGUGGCAGUGUUGGUGUCGCGGACUGUGGGCCCCACGCAGCGACUACUCCUUUGUGGCACCCUGGCUGCCCUGCACAUGCUCUUCCUGCUCUAUCUGCAUUUUGCCUACCACAAGGUGGUAGAGGGGAUUCUGGACACACUGGAGGGCCCCAACAUCCCGCCCAUGCAGAGAGUCCCCAGAGACAUCCCUGUUGUGCUCCCUGCUGCUAGACUUCCUGCCGCCAUGCUCAACGCCACAGCCAAGGCUGUUGCGGUGACCCUGCAGUCACACUGACCUCACCUGAAAUCCCUGGCCGGGCCCCUUCCCCCCGGCUGCAGAGCAGAGGAAGAUUAAAGGACAAUACUGA